GUCUCCGGUGUGAACAAACGGGAGUGCCCGGAUUUUAUGCAUGUCUGGUUUUGCGCUGGGGACCCUCUACUGCUAAGGAUCAAGACGGAAAAAACUGGAAAUUAAUCCGAACUUUAUUUAAAGUCACGAUGGAAAGAUUUGUAGUGACAGCACCACCUGCUCGAAACCGGUCUAAGACUGCUUUGUACGUGACUCCCCUGGAUCGAGUCACUGAGUUUGGAGGUGAGCUGCAUGAAGAUGGAGGAAAACUCUUCUGCACUUCUUGCAAUGUGGUUCUGAAUCAUGUUCGCAAGUCUGCCAUUAGUGACCACCUCAAGUCAAAGACUCAUACCAAGAGGAAGGCAGAAUUUGAAGAGCAGAAUGUGAGAAAGAAGCAAAGGCCCCUAACUGCAUCCCUUCAGUGCAACAGUACUGCACAAACAGAGAAAGUCAGUGUUAUCCAGGACUUUGUGAAAAUGUGCCUGGAAGCCAACAUCCCACUUGAGAAGGCUGAUCACCCAGCUGUCCGUGCUUUCCUGUCUCGCCAUGUGAAGAAUGGAGGCUCCAUACCUAAGUCAGACCAGCUGAGGAGAGCAUAUCUGCCUGAUGGGUAUGAGAAUGAGAAUCAGCUCCUCAACUCACAAGAUUGUUGACCAGGAGGUUACCACCAUUGUGAUCAAGAUAAAUAAUGUGGAGUGUUAGAGUUAUGUAUUGAUUGUAUGGUUCAUUUUUAUAUUUAUUUCAUUUAAAAUCAUGUGAUGCAGAAUAGUUUUUCAAUGUGUAUAUAGUUGCAGGCAAAAACAAAAACAUAAACCUCACUGUAAAACUUACUGUUAAUUUUAGUUACCAAUGGUGUAAAACAAAACUUAGGGUUUAGAGUGUGCUAGAAUACCUUAAACCUGAUGGUUAUCUUUAAAAUUGAAGGUUUUUCUCCUGAAAUGUUUGUGCAUGGAAGAACUGCCCUGCUUUUUACCUUAUUGCCAUGUAUGAUUAUUCCUUGUGAGAGUACUUAAUUACUUGGAUUGAAGACUAGACUAGGAAAUUGAAGCUGCUGCCAGGCAACACCACUCGGUAACUUAAAGGAAUUCUUUCUGAUUAGAGGAUCCUCCUCAAAAUGGAAGUGAUGGUGGUAAAUUGUUCUUGUAUAUUCAGAUCCCUAACAGAAAAUGACUGUUUAUUUCAAACUAUGCUUUACUUGUAUAUGAUGUAGUUAACUGUCCUUCAGUUCCUCACUUUCUUUUUCCCCCUUUAUAAAAGCUUCUUGUUAUAUUUAGUAGCAGCUUCAAGUGACCAAAAGACUAAAAUCUUUUAAUGUCAGUGCCAAAAGCCAUAGGGAAUUUUGCAGUGACACAGUUUUAGUCUCUUACCGUAAACACACAUUUUUGAACCAUAGCUUUCAUUUCAAGCAUCAUCUUGUCUGUAAGCUUUUUUUUAAAUGUCUUCAUAUUAAAAUACUUCAGGAUUGUCAUUUUAAUUUAAACAGGUAGACACUUUAUUACUGAGUUUUCUGUUUUUAUAGAAAAUUAGUGAUUUUUUUUUGGCUGACAGAUCAGAAAAUAAGAAAUUACUUUCUAUACAUUUAAUUUUCCAUAUGGUUUUAUAAGAGUAUAGUUAGGAUAAGUAGACUAGAAACAAGAUUACUUUCACUUUUAUGUGCUUUGCCUCUGAUAGUACAAAGUUUUUAAAUGGAUGGUAAACAGUUGUCUAAAAAUACUGGCAAGAUUUUUGCAGUGGAGAUCUGGCAAUAUCCUGUAUGAAUGGGUGAGGAAAUAAUCAGUACUGUUAGAGGUCAACCAUGUUCAGGAAAUGACCUCUGUCUGAACCUCACUAUCCUUUAAGGUUAUCAGAGACCCAGAUUAUAUUUUUAAAAAAUUAAACAGCUGAAAACUUGGAGUAGAGCUUUAAAAAUAAUUUUAAAUUCUUUGAAAGCAUUUAAAUGAAAAUACUUAUAAAAUAUAUUUCUGUUACAGAGCACUGACAAAUUAUGCCCUAUGUUACAACGGGAGUUAUCUUUUAAUGUUAUUUUACUACAGAUCUUCAUUUAAAAAAGAAAAGCCAAAGUGAAUAAGAACAAGGUUAGAUUUUAUAUUUUUCAGGAAUAGCUUUCAAUGCCUAAGUUUCUUUUACAGACUUAAUAUCCUAGUUCAGGUUGUCAAAGUGUCCAUCUGAUGAUAUAUUUGAUGUUGGUUUGGGGGUUGGGAGGAUAAUUUUAAAGAAGCCUGCCAUCAAAAAAAAAUCACUUAUCAAAAUUUCAACUACGAAUUUCCUCAUGUUCAGUUAUAUUAAAGUAGCACAAUAAAUGCCUAGAGUAGUGCUCUCAUCAAUAAAGCACAUACAUGAGGAGACCAGCAGCAAAACAUAACCAAAGUGUACUUUGCUUUUACUUCCUCUGGUAAAGAAUUUGCAGGCAACCAUGUUUAAUUUCAAUUAUCUAUGAUGGUAGAAAGUCUAAGAAGCUGGGAAAAUAACUGUCUUACAGCACUAUUUUCAGAAGACAAAAAUAAGGUUAGAUAUGCAAUCAUUCUAAUAUUCAAAAUUCCAUUUGAUUCAGACUGCUCCCUAUUUGGAUAUUAAUUUGUACUGACAGCAAACCUUUAGUGGCAGAACAACUUUGAGUAGUCCUAAGCCAUAAACUGGAUGACGUUCCACUGGAAAAACACCAAUAAUUCACAUUUGAGUUUCUAGUAUUUAUUACAGAUUUGAUCAUCAUUUAGGUCUCAUAUAUCUUAAUGUAUUUCACCAGACUCCAAAGUAUUCCCACAUAUACAAUAUGUGGGAGCAUAAUCCAUCCAGCUAGGAUUAUAUCUUCCUAAGAAGCGUUUUUCAUCUUGUGGAGGUUUGAUGUGUUUAUUUGACUAUAAAACUUUUCGUUCCCUGAAUCUGGUUAACUUUGUCUCAUAGUUGAAUAGAUAAAGCAGAAUGAUUGUUUUAGCCUACUCAGACAUACAAAUCUGUGAAACCAUGGUAUAUGUUAGAUAACAAAUGAGAAUAUCUAAGGGGCAUAUACUGCUGUGGAGGUGUAGUGGACAUGUGUACAGAAGCUUUCAGUCUUAACUAUAUAGUGUUAGUGUGAUGCUAUCCUAUUUGGGAAAAUAGCGUUUUCUAUUUUAUAAGUUGUAUACAUAAACAUAAGAUUUGUAAUGUUUCAUUUAUAAACUGCCUUCAACACCAUGCUUACCUGUUAAUAGUGUUUUCUUGAAGUAUAGUAGUGUGUCUUCCAGUAUUUCACUUUAUGCUUACAGUAAAUAGUUCCUAGCUAGUUGAAUGUUAAAUUCCUUGUUGGUUUCUUUUGAUUCUUUGGGGCAUAUAGCAACAUUGAAGAACAUUGUAAUGAUUUCUUACAGGGUGAAAAUUGAGAAUGAUUGUGUAUGAGAGCCUAAAUACUUAUUUUAGUCAUUAUCAUUUUGGGGUUAGACUUUCUUUUUUAAACAAAUGCUACUUCCAGUUAAUGCAUUUGGCCCUACUGAAUCUUCAGGGACCAGAAAACUUUGAAGAAAAAGUUCUGCAUCUAGGAAUUGUAACCAAUUAAGCAUUGGUUUGGGAUUGUUCUGAAGUAUUUAUUACUUAAAACCUAUUGUAAGUAACAGCUGGCAAGAUCUCUAAGCAGAAAGUUCCAUGUUAAAACUUUUGCCUGAAAGAAUUUGUAUGUGAAUGUUAAUGGAAAAUACAUUUAAACAAAAUAAAUUUAAGGUGGCCCAUAAUGAAAGCCACAGAAAAUUCCUUUGGUGCUUAGUCUUUGUAAGGGCUCUCCGUGGUUUGACUUGCCCCAACUGCUUUUAAAUGAGUACAUAUCACCUCUAUUAAAUAGAAGAUGUGUUCUCUAAUUUCAUUGAAAAUCUUAGCCUAAAAUAAAUUGCUUUAGUAUCUGUUCAGCACUGAUUAAAAUGUGAAGAGUAAAGUGGCUAUCUUAAACUUUGGUUUAUCUGAAUCCAUACUAUCAUAGACUUCUGAGGUCUUACCUAGUGGUAUUCCACUUGUAUCCAGAAUACUGUAUUCAUUAAAAUUUUACUAUGUUCAUUUUUGUAUUCCCGUGCUUAUUUUAUUUUUGCUUA